CUGCUCGGAGAACAGAACCAACUGGAAGCUGCUCAUUCAUUCAUCUCCAGCCAUCUCUAGCUUCUACUACACCAGCCUGUAGCUAGCUAGCUAGUCAUUCGGCUGGCUUACCAACCACAAUGGCCCACUUGAAGCAUCAAAAGUGUCCGUCUAAAGUGUGAAACUCUCCGCCUGCGUUGUGUGAAUCAGACGAUCAUCCUCAUCAUCAGUGGUGCGUCGCAGGACGUCGUGGCUUUGCAAAGAGGACCAUGUGGUGGGCCUGGCCGUUCCUGCCUGCUCUGGUGCUUCUCUCAGAGCUCUCAGUGGUGAGAGUCCAGACCGCGCCGUGCCAGACCUGUCGAAAACUCACAGAGAGUUUCAUUACGGGCUUGGAGAGAACAGCCACCAAGAACUUUGGGGGAGGAAACACUGCCUGGGAAGAAGAGAAGCUGGCUAAGUAUGCGAGCAGUGAGACUCGGCUCCUGGAGAUCGUAGAAGCUGCUUGUGAGAAAGCAGAUUUUGAUUGUAACCAGCUGCUGGAGCAGAUAGAGGACCAAGUGGAGACAUGGUGGUUCCACAGGCAGCAGGAGGCACCGGACCUGUUUGAGUGGCUGUGCAUAGAGCAGCUGAGAGUCUGCUGUCUACCUGGGCGCUUUGGACCUGACUGCAAAGAGUGUCCCUCGAGCCCCGGCGGUGUGUGUGGAGGUCUGGGCCGCUGCGAGGGGGAGGGGACUCGCCUCGGAGACGGAGAGUGUGUCUGUGAUCCUGGAUACUCGGGCCGUCUGUGCCAGAGCUGUGCUGAUGGCUACUACAGAGAGAAGAGCUCCAACGCCAGCAUAGGAGCCUGUGCAGCUUGCUUCCACUCGUGUAAGAAAUGCGCGGGGCCGCAGGACUACAAAUGCCUCAACUGCAAACCCGGCUGGAUCCUUCAUGACAACAAGUGCGUGGAUAUUGACGAGUGCGGUACAGAGCUGGCUCGUUGUCCCUCUAACACCUUCUGUCACAACACAGAAGGAUCGUAUGAAUGCAGAGGCUGUGACCAGGCGUGUGUGGGCUGCAUGGGUAGUGGUCCUGCCCGCUGUAAGAAAUGUUCACGCGGCUACAAACUGAGAGGAGCGAAGUGUCUGGAUGUAAAUGAAUGUAGUGAUCGUGCGAUAGCGUGCCCAGGACUCAAUGAGGCCUGUAUCAAUGAGGAGGGCUCCUUCCACUGUGACUGUGCUGACGGGUUCAUCAGAAGAGAUAGCAUCUGUGUUGAGAAUAAGCCUCCUGUAGGCCCAGAGAAGGGUCUGUUUGACGACAUGACGGACGACGAGGUCCUCGUACUGCAGCAGAUGUUCUUUGGCGUUGUAAUCUGCGCCAUAGCUACGCUCGCCGCUAAGGGCGACAUGGUUUUCACGGCCAUUUUCAUCGGAGGCGUUGCUGCUAUGGCCGGAUACUGGCUGACGGAAAAGGGAGACUACAUGCUGGAUGGAUUUCUGAAGGGACGCUAGACUGUCUGGAACCUCGGUUUGAGAAAGGAACACCAGCCACUUAAGGUGAAUGAGACUCAACGAGGGGAGGGGAGGGGGGGGGGGCGGCAGGAAACCAUCCCUGCAAUGCUAGACAUUCAGGGAGUUACUAGAGGAGUUACUUGAAAGGGCUCGGGGUUAAUUUAUGUUCAUGAGUAGGAGAAUGCGGGAGAAGAGUGAGAACUUGAAGGCUAUGAAGCCGUGAAUCCUGAAGAGGAAUAACGAAGCAAAACUGCACUGACGUAAAGGAACUGAACUUAAUCCCCUACCUCCACUUUGUUGGGAGCGAGGGGUGACAUGAAGACCACUACUGAUUGUUAAAAUCUAUUAUGCAUUUGGAUGUCUCAUCUGGCCUCGAUGUUGAAAUAAUGUUGUUUUCUUCCACACAAUCAAAACCUCCUGUCAUCACGUCCAUCAUGUUUCUCAUUAUCUCGAUGCUGUAAAGCAGAAGCUUUCCCACAGACUGAAGGCUACACCGGUUUGGGUUGUGGAUCUCCCGAUUCCUGCAGUGGGCGGGUGGUUCACCCCCCCGAAAAGAAAGCUCAUUGAAACUCUGGGAUAUUUCCUUAACGAGCCACUGGUUAUUUAUGUUCACAGAAUGACUUUUUACCUCCUUACGUACUGAAUGAUUAUUUUUAGUAAUAAUGCAUGAAAAUAGGAUUUUAAAUAAUGGGUACAACUACACCUUAUAUAUUUAUUUAUUGAAUUACUUUGGCAUGGAAGACUUCAACAGCUGUGUUGGAUCACCAGCACUACUGCUGUGACGGGAUUUACUUAUUGUGCUUAAAUACCAGCUGUGAUCUGGAUGAUUAAAGCCGUUUUCUGUUGCCUUUUAAUUUAUUUUGAAAGCAAUAUUUAUUGGGGAAGAUAUUUAUCAUAUUUUGCUCUUGACAUUUCCCUUUGUGUGUAUUUUCAAUGUAAUUGUUUUUGUCAAUUCAACCGUUAUUCUAGCAGAUAAAGUAGCGCCAUGUUAGAAAGCCACCGAAGCAUCACUUCGUACUCCCAACCAUCUACUUUGUCUUCUUUAGUUUUUUCCUCGUGUGGAAAGUUCUCCAGUCGUCAUUCGUUAUAAACGUUUGCUUUACAAUAAAACGUCUGUCACUCAUGUUU